UGCGGCCUGUGGCCAACCCUACCCUAACCCUACAUCUGCCCCCACACCCUGCCGAAGGCCCCAGGACUCCCCAGGUCACCUGAGACCUAGGCCAAAGGCGCCUCGCCUCCCGGGCGCGGUUAAGUCCUUUCCAGCCUCAAGUCCCUCGGCAGCUUCUACCCAGCUUGCUCUAGGUGCUAGGGCGGGAGCAGCAGGAAUGAUCGCGCUGCCCUGAGCUCCAAAGCAUUCCGCCACCUUUUGCAGGGGGUGCGAGGACGAAUAGACAGCAUCGAUAAUAGAACAUUAAAGGGCGCUCUCCAGAGCUUACUGUGGGCCACAUUCAGUUCCAGGCUUGAGCGGAUCAUCUGGCUUCCCCUCCCACCCAGAGUGGGUCCCGUUUUUUGUUUGGUUUGUUUGGUUUUGGUUUUGUAUGUUUUUUGAGACAGUCUCGCUCUGUGGCCCAGGCUGGAGUGCAAUGGCAUGAUCUCAGCUCACUCCAACCUCCACCUCCGGGGUUCAAGUGAUUCUCCUGCGUCAGCCUUUUGAGUAGCUGGGAUUACAGGCACCCACUGUCAUGACUGGCUAGUUUUUGCAUUUUUGCAGAAAUAGGGUUACACCGUGUUGGCCAGGCUGGUCUCAAACUCCUGACCUCUAGUGAUCCGCCCACUUCAGCCUCCCAAAGUGCUGGGAUUACAGGCUUGAGCCAACAUCCCCUGACUGGGUUCUGUUUUUAACUCCUUUUUUUUUUUUUUUUAGAGAAGGAAAUUGAGGCACAGAGAGGUUAAAUAACAUGUCUAAGGUCACACAGCAAGAGGUGGAGUGGGGUUAACCCUAGAGCCCUAGCUCUAGAGCCCACCUGGGGAGCCAGAACUUGGUGAGGCCACCAGGAUCCUGCUUGGUUUAGGGCCAGGUGCUUAGCACCCCAACCCAGGGCCAUUCACCCUGCAGGAGCUGCACCCGUCCCUGACCUCAGCUUUUCCCUGGCAGCAGAGGGGCUUUGCGGGUCUCCCGGGUAGCCCUGAGCACAGCCCGCCAUUUCCAGAUGGGUGGUUGGCGCUGGCUGGGGACAGAUCCUGGUCUUUCAAAUGCCCUUUACAGAGCCUCAUCAACGACCCGAUUCAUUCCCCCCCCUCCUGUCAUUUGUCUCUGCCAUCGAAAAAUGCCUACCAUGAGCUGCUCUGCAUUUCCGCCCUCUAGUUUAUGUUUUACUUAAAAGUAAAAAAAAAAAAAAUGUUGGCUGCAGGAUGCCGUGACUUAGGUCGGCAAGUCAGCCCGAGCUCUGCAUUUCCAAAAAGCAGAUCUUUUCACAACUCUCUUGCCCCAAAUGCCCUAGUGUGGUUUAUUUUUUUAAAUUUCUGCCUGGGGAAGAGAAGACCCGGGGAAUAUUUGAAACCCCAGCUUUUACAACAUAAAGCACAUGGUGUGUUUAGCCUGCUAACGGUGCUCUGGGAGUCCUGCCCCGGCGGCCUCUGCUCCCCCUCCUUCACUUCCAGCUCCAGCUGAGUGUGUUGCAUGUUUCAUACUCCUACAUAUUAUAAGUGACACUAAUAUCAGGGACAACUAAGUGCUGGGGAACUUCAGUGAGAACCUGGCUGGCAAAGUCAACACCUCCAGACUUCUCCAAGCUACAUUUCUUUAAUUAAUUCCGGAGUGGUGUGUGGACGGGCAUCUUUGCAGUUAUUAUACAUACUUUGGAUGGAUUUGUUUUUGUGGUAGCAUCUGAUGGCAAAAUCAUGUAUAUUUCUGAGACUGCUUCUGUCCAUUUAGGCUUAUCCCAGGUGGAGCUCACGGGCAACAGUAUUUAUGAAUACAUCCAUCCUUCCGACCACGACGAGAUGACUGCUGUCCUCACGGCCCACCAGCCGCUGCACCACCACCUGCUCCAAGAGUAUGAGAUAGAGAGGUCGUUUUUUCUUCGAAUGAAGUGCGUCUUGGCGAAAAGGAACGCGGGCCUGACCUGCAGCGGAUACAAGGUCAUCCACUGCAGUGGCUACUUGAAGAUCAGGCAGUUUAUGCUGGACAUGGCCCUGUAUGACUCCUGCUACCAGAUCGUGGGGCUGGUGGCCGUGGGCCAGUCGCUGCCGCCCAGUGCCAUCACCGAGAUCAAGCUGCACAGCAACAUGUUCAUGUUUAGGGCCAGCCUCGACCUGAAGCUGAUAUUCCUGGACUCCAGGGUGACCGAGGUGACGGGGUAUGAGCCUCAGGACCUGAUCGAGAAGACCCUGUACCACCACGUGCAUGGCUGCGACGUGUUCCACCUCCGCUACGCACACCAUCUCCUGUUGGUGAAGGGCCAGGUCACCACCAAGUACUACCGGCUGCUGUCCAAGCGGGGCGGCUGGGUGUGGGUGCAGAGCUACGCCACGGUGGUGCACAACAGCCGCUCGUCCCGGCCCCACUGCAUCGUGAGUGUCAAUUAUGUACUCACGGAGAUUGAAUACAAGGAGCUGCAGCUGUCCCUGGAGCAGGUGUCCACUGCCAAGUCCCAGGACUCCUGGAGGACUGCCUUGUCUACCUCACAAGAAACUAGGAAAUUAGCGAAACCCAAAAAUACCAAGAUGAAGACAAAGCUGAGAACAAACCCUUACCCCCCACAGCAAUACAGCUCGUUCCAAAUGGACAAACUGGAAUGUGGCCAGCUUGGAAACUGGAGAGCCAGUCCCCCUGCAAGCACUCCUGCCCCCCCGGAACCGCAGCUCCACUCCGAGAGCAGUGACCUUCUGUACGCGCCGUCCUACAGCCUGCCCUUCUCCUACCAUUACGGACACUUCCCUCUGGACUCCCACGUCUUCAGCAGCAAAAAGCCAAUGUUGCCAGCCAAGUUUGGGCAGCCCCAAGGAUCCCCGUGUGAGGUGGCACGCUUUUUCCUGAGCACACUGCCAGCCAGCGGUGAAUGCCAGUGGCAUUAUGCCAACCCCCUAGUGCCUAGCAGCUCGUCUCCAGCUAAAAACCCUCCAGAGCCACCAGUGAACACUGCUCGGCACAGCCUGAUGCCAAGCUAUGAAGCGCCCGCCGCCGCCAUGCGGAGGUUCAGCGAGGACACCGCGCCCCCGAGCUUCCCGAGCUGCGGCCACUACCGCGAGGAGCCCACGCUGGGCCCGGCCAAGGCCGCCCGCCAGGCCGCCCGGGACGGGGCGCGGCUGGCGCUGGCCCGCGCGGCGCCCGAGUGCUGCGCGCCCCCGGCCCCCGAGCCCCCGGGUGCGCCGGCGCAGCUGCCCUUCGUGCUGCUCAACUACCACCGCGUGCUGGCCCGGCGUGGGCCGCUGGGGGGCGCCGCACCCACCGCCUCCGGCCUGGCCUGUGCCCCCGGCGGCCCCGAGGCGGCGACCCGUGCACUGCGGCCCCGGCACCCGAGCCCCGCCACCGCCUCCCCGCCUGGAGCGCCGCUGCCGCACUACCUGGGCGCCUCGGUCAUCAUCACCAACGGGAGGUGACCCGCCGGCCGCCCGCACCAGGAGCCUGGGCCCUGCCUCCGGGGGCUGCGGCGCCACCGAGCCUGGCAGACGCGCGCGACCUACAGUAAUUUAUGCAGACAGCUAUUUGAAUAGGACCCCGCCGCCGUCUUGCGGUUUUCAAUCACUGCGGAGGCCGCGCGCACGGGUGCCAGAGGCCCGAGGCGCGCCCGGCAGGUGACCGCCCGCCUGUGUCCUGCGAGGGCCGGUGAGACCCAGUUGCUGGGGUCUUGGUUUCCUCACCUUGAAAUCUGGCUUCACGCAUUUGGCCUUGUCCCCGACGUUCCAGGAAAGUCCCGCUGGGAGAUUGAAGCGGUUUCACUCCGCAAAUAUCCUCCACUUUAAGGAGGGAAACCCACCCUGCCACAGUCCACUCUUCCACGUGGAUGGCGGAUCUGGGAGGGGACCCCAGUGUCCCGAGCCCUUUUAGAUGCCUAGGUGAAGGCAGAAGUGAGGAUUUUAAGUCCUAUGAAUACACAACUCUACUGUCUUUAAAAGUCAUUCAAGAGUCUCUUUUUUUUUUAUUUAACCCUUUCUUCAAUACAAAAACCAACAAACCAAGACUGAGGGGGUGAUCAUGCAAUUCCAUGUUGUGUGUCUGAACAUGGGUGUGCUUCACAAGCACAUGAACAAGCUCUUACCUCCCCCUAACUCCUAUGAACUCUUGAUAAAACCAAGAAUAGCAUCUUCAGAAUAUAUUAUUAAAUAGGCAUUAAAUGCAAAAAUAUAUAUGUAGCCAGAGAGUUUAUGAGAAUGACCCUGUCCAGCUUCAUUAUGUGGCAAAAUCCCUCUGGCCCACACAGAUCUGUAAUUCACUAGGCUUGUGUUUGCUACAAAUAGCGCUAAUACAGUUAAACUGCAUGUGCAAUACGCAACACUGUCAAUGGGUCCGGCACCUCCUGGAGGAAAAACGUGAAGGGGAUGUCAUGAAAUGAUGUAGACAUUUGAAGCAUUUCUACAAAUCAAGAAAACUUCAUAAGAACAUGUCACGUGUGCAACAGGUAAACAGAAAUCCCUUCAUAAAGCACCAGCAGUGUUUAAAAAAUAACCCUCCAUUCAUUUUUAUCUUUUGUGGGUUUUGCUUAAAGAUCCCAACACUGAAAAAUUCCAUCAUGGCUCCGAGCUGCACCCACGCGUUGAACCACCGUCUUUCCAUUUUCUUCCCACUAUAAACACUGCAUCAUGUUGCUGCUUUGUCACAAUGGUUUAUUUCAGGAAACUUUUUCCACCUUUCUGAAUGGAAAGAGGUUUUCGCAAAUGUUUUUAACUCGUCAUUCUAGAAUCAAAGGGCACCUACACCGACUGCUCUCAAAAUGUGAACUGGUUUCUUUGCCAACCCUGUGUCACUUAGUGAGGACCUGACUCAGUCCCUACAGGGUAUCUAUCAGUGGGCAUCAUGGUACGAGUUACAAUUUGCAAAUUUAGGACCGUGGGUCACGCAGCGAAGGGGCUUGCAUGGUGGGAAGGGAUGCACCCACCUCUCCACGUACUCAGCUAUACCUCAUUCACAGCUCCCUGCGAGUGUGUGCACAUGAAAUAAGCCGAGGGUACUAUUUGUUUUUUAUGUUCAUGAGUCUUGUAAUUAAACCGCGAUUCCUGAAAGGUGUAGGUUUGAUUACUAGGAGAUACCACCGACAUUUUCCAAUAAAGUACCGCAAAAUGCUGUUGUGUCUACCUUGUUAACUUUUGGAGCUGUAUUUAGUAAAAAUAAAUCAAGGCUAUCAGAGCAGUUCAAUAAGAAAGGUUACUGCUGAGAAAAAAGACCCUAUUUUACAAGUGACAAUGUAGACAGGCGUAACGGAUUGUAUAUGUACUGGAAAAAGAAAAUGUGUACUAGCGAAACGUCCUUGUCUAAACAAACAUCACCAUUUUCAUAACCUAGAACAUGAAGGAAGAUUCUUCCACGAGCUGGCUUCAGGACGGCCAGGGCUCGGUGCAAAGUUAACAGCGCUGUUACUAUGGCAACCUAAUAUUGUUACCUCCAUCUUUAAGAGUCUGCACAUUUAAGCUGGGGAUAGCGUUUCUUGACUUCUGUGAGGCUCUGGCAGGGGAAGAGGAAGCAUUUUUAAUAUAUAUGCCUCUCUUUUACAAAAAGGAAAAAAAAAAUCGUCGUAGGCCCUAACAUGUACCAUGUUGACAAAAACGCCAGAUCAAAUGGAUUUGAGAAAUAAGCCCAAUUCAAGGCUGGCUCAGCCCUCCACAGGGCCUCCCAGGGAAAGGAAUUCCUUUAUGUUCUUGGAAGCCCUUUUCUAGAAAAGCCAUUCCAUUCAUACCUUUGUAGAGCAGUGGGCUGGGUGUGGAGGGCAGCGGAGGGUAUCUGUAAGAGCCUGUAUUUUCCGCCUCCCUCGCCCCAACCCGUUUUAUCCUUUUAAAACUCCUAUCAGCCCUGCCUUCAGCCCUUCCGCCCUAAGAGUGGGGGAGGUUUAAUAUGGCCAAUGGAUCUCGUAUGAAGUCUACCUAAGUUUUCAUUUACCCCAGCUAUGAGACAGUUAAGGUAGACAGGGGGCUGCUACAGAUAGAAUGGGAAAUGAAGAACAUUUGCAAAUAAAUACCAUAAAAUGACAGUAGCUUGGAAUUUUAGUGACUCACAGCCCUUGUGUUGUCUAGAAUGCAGUAUUCAAGCUGUCCCGAAACUUAAGUAUGACACACAAGGUUCAAGUCUUGGGGGAAGCACUGUUCAGAUGAAAAGUCAAGCAGUUUCCACAGAAGAGUAAGAAAUGUCCUAAAAACAACCUAGAAGUUGUUACAUUAAAUUGAUUUCUCACCUCAGUGAAAAGGGUUUUUGUUUCUGGGUUUUGUUAACUUUCAUUCUUUGGAGUAAUAAUAUUUCUCUGGUGUACAGCGCUGAAUACAUUUGUCAAUAAUAUGUCAAAAAAACCUGGCUUCUUAAUACUUGGAAAUACAUAAAUAUUCCUUACUAUGUAAAACACUUUAUUUAUUUUGUAAAAAUAUGUUUAAAUAUGAAUAAAAACACAGUAAUCCAAA